UUUCCCUGCCGUCAGUAAGAAAAAAAUACACGAACAUAAGCAGGGGGAACGCGGUAGUUUAUAGAACAAGUGUUUCCUGUCGACGGUAUUUGGUGUGAGGACGCUGUUGGCUGAUUCGCGCUAUAACAAUACUAAGUUUUGCUGUUUGCGGGCUUUAUUGUGGACACAGUGAUGGCUGUACCAGGACCUAAUAAGGACAACAUCAGAGCUGGGUGCAAGAAAUGCGGCUAUCCGGGCCAUUUAACAUUUGAGUGCCGAAAUUUUGUUAAAGUGGACCCUCAUAAGGACAUUGUUCUGGAUGUGAGCAGCACUAGCAGCGAGGAGAGUGAAGAUGAUGAACCUCAGGUUCAAAGCGGCGAGAAACGAAGCGGCCAGCAUCGCAAAGGUUCCCAUGACAGCGAUGAUGAUAGAAAAAGAAGACGAAAACGGAAGAAGAGCAAAGACAGAAAGUCAAGAAAGAGAUCUGAUUCAUCAUCGAGCGACGAGGAGGAGCUUUCAAAAAAGAAAAAGAAGCGCAGCAGGUCGCGCUCUUCCUCUGAUGAGGAGCGUAGAAAGAAGAAAAAGAAAAUAAAAAGCCAAAAGAAGAAAAGCAAAAAGAACAAAAAAGAGCACGGGAAGCAUCACAAAAAAAGAGAGAAGAAAAGGAAACACGAGUCUUCUUCCUCUUCCAGCUCAAGUGACUCCUCAGAAAGUGACUGAACCAAGUAACUUUGCAGCUUUUGGAUGUCCAACAUAUUUAUUCUGCAGCCCACAAAACGUAGUAUUUAGUGGCAGUCAUAAAUAAGGCACCUCAUCUUGUUGUAUAUAGGUGUUUCAUUAGCGAGACGAAGAAUUAAAAUGUGAAUUUGUGUUCUGUGGUGCCACCCAAUGACACCUUAUGCAAAUUUAACAAACCUCACCCACGUUUUUUUGACGUGUUCAGGAAAACAUGCACAAAACCAAGGAUCAUCCCCUGCUGUAGUUUCUCUUUGUUUUUUUUUCAGGCUUUAUGCAAUGUCACAAGUGUCAUUUGUGUUGUUUAAAUGUAUAGCUGUAGUCAGAAAUCGUUACAGUAAUGGAAGCUUUUAAGUCCAAUCAAAAAACUUCAAAUAGUUACUUUACAAUAAUUUUACUGUCUUACUGUAAUGUGGUUGUCAGAUUUGUCAUCCACAUCUUACCGAAAACCAUCUGUAUUUUAGAAGAGUUCAUUCCAAACCAUCACAAAUAUCAAUUUUGCAUACUUUACCCUUCCUAUUGAUAGAGCUUCAUUUCAUAUUCACCAUUUACUACUUCUGUUGUAAUAAAAUUUUAUAUUCGUAUCA